AAACAGUCAGGGAGCCGGGAAAGCGGCGGCGACGCCCCGCCCUUAAGCAAGAGCCAAUCCUGAGAAGCCGAGGGACGACCCCGGAAGCGAGGUCCGCGACAGCGAUGUUUCCUUUCUUUAAGAUCUUGAUGGAUAAAAUAAAGCAGACAUAAUUCAUCUCUAGAAAGAUUAUUUAUACCCUGGCAUUUGAAAUGUUUUAUAUUUAGUGUCAUAGGAAAAAUGGAAAAAGGGAAAGUAAAUAGUGAUGGAAAACCAGACCCAGAAAAUUCCCUGGACUUUUCUGAACACUUUAACCAGCUUGAAUUGUUGGAAACACAUGGGCACCUUAUUCCCACUGGUACCCAAAGUCUCUGGGUAGGGAAUUCUGAUGAAGACGAGGAACAAGAUGAAAAAACUGAAGAGUGGUAUCAAUUGCAAGAAAAAAAGAUGGAAAAAGAUCCAAGCAAAUUGCUUCUUUGGGCCGCAGAAAAAAAUCGGCUGACUACAGUGCGGAGACUACUCUCUGAAAAGGCCACCCAUGUGAAUACUAGAGACGAAGACGAAUACACCCCUCUCCAUCGAGCAGCCUACAGUGGACACUUAGAUGUGGUACGCGAGCUGAUUGCACAAGGGGCAGAUGUCCACGCGGUGACUGUGGAUGGCUGGACGCCGCUGCACAGUGCCUGUAAGUGGAAUAACACCAGAGUCGCUUCUUUCUUACUCCAGCAUGAUGCAGAUAUCAACGCCCAAACAAAAGGCCUCCUGACCCCAUUACACCUCGCCGCCGGGAACAGGGACAGCAAAGAUACCCUUGAGCUCCUCCUCAUGAACCGCUACAUCAAACCGGGUCUGAAGAACAACUUGGAAGAAACGGCCUUUGAUAUUGCCAGGCGGACAAGUGUCUAUCACUACCUCUUUGAAAUUGUGGAAGGCUGCACAAAUUCUUCACCUCAGCCAUAACGGUUCUAAUAAUCCUCUGAAGUUUCCAAGUACCAGUGCCUCCUUUGUGUGAGAUAGGACAUAUGCCCAUGAUACAAAGUUGACAUCAAAAGUUUUGCGACAGAAAUUCAGUGGUACACAUUCGAAUGCCCUUCCCAGUGAAAUGCCUAACCUUGAUGUCAAAAUGUAUUUGAACGUUGUUUGGAUAUACCUUUACUGAUCUA